AUGGCUGUAAAUGCCCCGGAAACUCCAAUACAGGCUGAAGUAAUAUUUGUGAUAGAAGCAACUUCAGCCAAUAGCGCAUAUAUAAAUGAACUAAAAGCUAAUUAUAUCGUACCCACACUUGAAUAUUUUCAUGGUGGAGCAUUAGAAGAAGGUGCAGGAAGUGGGUCAGUGUAUGGAAUAGUGGCAUACCAGGCAGCUGACUGCCAUCCCGGUCUUCCAGUUUCCACAUAUGGUCCAUUUACUUGUCCACAAAAUGUUGUUGAAACUGUAGAUAAAUUACAGUUUAUAGGAGGUCAUGCUGAGAGUCGAGCAUGUGUAACAGAAGCAUUAAUGGCAGCUCUGGCUUGCUUAGAAGAGCUUGGCAGAACAGACAUUCCACUUCAUGUAAUAUUGUUAUGUUGCUCACCGCCUUAUUCAGCUAAUGCAGGGGGAGUGGUGCCACCUGGUGCCCCCGGAUGCGUGGAGCAGGCGGCGCGGAUGGUGGGCGAGCGCGGCGCGCAGCUGUCGGUGGCGGCGGCGCGGCGCGUGCCGGCGCUGCUCGCGCUGUACGAGCACGCGGGCGGCGAGCUGCACGCGGCGCAGCUGCGCAACUACGCCAAGGACCCAAGGCAUUUAGUUUUAUUGCGUGGUUAUAGUCUCAAAGAGCGGCCCCCUAGUCCGGCGCCGCCGCCCGCGCCCGACGCGCAGCCUGAUGCAUACGGUCAAAACCGCGCAGCAGUCUCACAACAGAGGGCACCUCCGGCGCAGUUCCCGCGCGCCACGGUGGGCGCUGUGAGGAACAAUUGGCUGGCACCCCCUAGACAGCCAACUUAUGCCAAUUCUGCAUUAUUAACACAAUUAGCCCAACCAUCCUACCCCCCACCCCCUACACAGUCGAGCAUGCAAAGAAUGCAAAUGAUUCAGCCUGGUCCCUCUAAUGCAGGGGUUAAUGUAGCCCCCCCACAAGGGGUCCAAGGGGUUCAGGGUGUUGGCAAUGUGGGGGGCGUGGGCUCAGUAUCAGCGCCUUUACAACGCACGUACAUAUGGAGUGGCGCUCUCGAGUGGAUGGAGAAGGGCAAAGCACCUGGAGACCAACAGAAAGUUAUCAAACAUUUGCCCUGUCAAGUUUCGGCAAACUCAAAAGAUAUUGAGCCUGAACUCAAAGUAGACACCUGGCCGAGCAAGUUGUUGAUGCAGCUGAUGCCUAAACAGCUGAUCAGCAACAUCGGUGGGCAGUACCUGAAGGACAGCAAGUCGGUGCUGUUCCAUCUGCAGCAGAACGAGGCGCUGGACGCGCUCACCAAGGUCAUGGUGGGCGGCUUCGCCGGCUGCGUGCACUUCUCGCCGAUGCCGUCGCCGCCGCAGUGCGACAUCAAGGUGCUCAUCUUGCUGUACACGCCCGACAAGAAGGCCUACCUGGGCUUCAUCCCCAACAACCAGGCCACCUUCGUGGACCGCCUGCGCAAGGUCAUCCAGCAGCAGAAGAUGAGCAAGCAGCUGCCGGCGCCGGGAGGCGGAGCGCCGCCCUCCUCGCUCGCCGGCGGCGGCAUGCAGCCGGGCAUGGCGAUGGGGGCGCCCUCCAUGUCGGGCCAGCAGCCGCAGCAGCACGCGCAGGGCAUGAUGAUGGGCGGCGGCAUGGGCGGGCAGGUGGGGCAGGUGCAGGGCGGCAAGGCGCGCGGCGUGCCCCUCGACGGGCUGGAGGCGGCGAGGCAGCAGAACCUGGAGAAGAUCCAGCACCUGCAGCAGACGCUGGAGGCGGCGCACCAGCAGGAGGCGCAGUUCAAGUCGCAGAUGGACAUCAUGUCGCACCUGCACGCAGCGCAGCAGCAGGAGCAGCACUACAAGCAGCUGGAGGAGCAGCGCAAGCACCAGCUGCAGAUGCAGCAGCAGCAGCAGCAGUUGCAGCAGCAGCUGCGGGGCGCCGCGCCGCGCCUGCUGCGCCCGCACCUGCCCGCCAACCCCGGCCUCAGGCAUCUGCUGCAGCAGCAACCGCAGUACCGCGCGGGCGCGACGCGCGCCGGCGCCCAAACGCAGCAAUUCGAGGACGUGUCCAACUACGAUUUUCUA